GCUGCCCCUCGGCCCUUUCUGUUGAUUCUAUCAUCUCCAAACCGUCGCCACGCCAAAGAAACCGUCUCAGCCGCUGUUGCUGCAUCUAACCCACGUUCGCUUUUUGCAAACACCCUUAGGAAGUCCUCGUUGACUCCUGUCAUUCGCUUUGUUUUUUGUUUUAGUCUCCUGACCCGUCGUAAAAUCCCAGAAAGACUCCUCAGGCUCCUCAGAUCUCCUCUCGACCCCGCGUGGCAACCUCUACUAGCAGCAGUACCCGCAUUUCUCUCUCAACUCGACUCUCGGCAUCCAUCCAGGGGCUCUCUCGGCUCUCCACAUCCCAUAACUGCAUCGUCUAGUCCACCAUCCAAGGUCCCGGCCAUCACCCACCGAUCAUCAUAACCCCAUCAACCCAUCCCAACACAGCGCAGCUCCUGGCCUCAGAUCAUCUCUGGUCCCAAGGGGAAAAAUCAGCUCUUCUCACUCCAGCCUCACGCCCAACCUGGUUCCGCUGUGUGCACGUCAACCGGGCCCUUCCCUGAUGUUCCUGUAAAACCCAAGUCUUCGAUCUUGCCCACACUCGCUUUUCAACCCCAAAAAAAAAAAAGAAACCCCCGUCAACAAUAACAACAACAACCACGUUCGCUACCGCUUAGCAGGAAGCUAGGGAGUAAGACCACGGGAAUAGGAUUGUGGCCAGAAGUCUUCGAGUAACAACUCCUACCGCUUGUCUGCCAAACGUUCUGUCUCGCCGUAGCUUCCGAGGCUCCACAUUGUACUAGGCCGCCAUCUGGAAUAUUCGAGUAGUCUUCCGACUCUCGAGCACUGCAAUUCGCUUGAACCCAAUAUCCGGCGCCUGUGCCCAUUCUCGUGAAUCACACGGCCUCUCGCACGCAUCACACGCGAUCCUGCGUGUGAUAUUUCAAGACAGCACAACUCGCUCUUCCGUCAAACCCUUUGGCAACAAUGGCUGGCCCCGGCGGUGGUCCCCCCCGACGAAGCCACACCAAGUCUCGCAAGGGCUGCGAAACUUGCAAGAAGCGGCACAUUAGAUGUGACGAGAGCUUCCCUCAGUGCAAGAACUGCACCAAGCACAAGAUCCGAUGUCCGUACAAUGACAUCCCCGUUCAGGAGGCUCGCCCCAACGGGCCCCCGGACCUGAUGUGGACACCCGAGGUCGAAAUGGCCAUCAACCAGUGGCGCCAGUCAGGCGUCUUCCCCUUCGACCUUGAUAUCCAUCCUGUCCCGGCCCCGCAGUACUACUCCUUCGAGGAGCUGCGCUUGAUCUAUCAUGUCGCCUCGAUCAGCUUCCGACUGAAUGCUCUCGAUGCUAAUGGCUUCACACUGUGGACUUCCAAGAUUCCAACUCUGAUUGGCAUCGGCACCACACAUCGUUUCGUCAUGGACGCGCUCUUGGCCUUCUCCGCGGAGCACAUCUCCAGCGUUACCAAUUGCCCCAUGGUUGGCAAGAUGGCUUUCGAGCACCGCGGCAACGCCCUCACCGGGCUCUCAAAGGCCAUCGCCACCUUCACUCAAGCCAAUUCAGAUGCUGUGCUAGGCGCAGGUCUUGUGCUGUCUUGGCAGGCUACUGAUUGGCGCAGCUGGACAAACCACAUGCAGGGUACCCGUCGGAUCAUCGAACUCAUGGAUUCUUGGAAGGACAAGUCCCAGUUCGCCGAUUUCAUCGGCGAGACUACCACUUUCCCAACGGCUCCUCCGUCUCCCACGCCCGAUCACAAACCUAGACUGCCUUCCAAAGACGAUGUUGAGCCUUCCCUGGCUCGCAUGCUUCAGCACCUGCAGAAGCUCGAGGCUCAACUGAAGCAGAAUCGGGAGGACACCAAGCUAGUUGCUCAACUGAUCAGCUUCCUCAAAGGCACCCGCAAGGUGGACCCCGCCUUGCAGGUUGCGGACCAGUUCGAACGCCUCAAGCCACUGAGGGACUGGCUCUUCUGGCUCCCUGUCGGACAGCUCCAGCAAACGCAGGCUUCUCCAAGCGCGCUGAUCAUUAUUGCUCACUACUACGCUGUGGCCCUCCUGAUGGAGCGCAUGUUCCCUGAGAUAGGCGCCGCCUACUUCGGCAGCCUCUCCAUCGGGCCCCUGGAAGACAUUUCUCGGCGCCUCAAGUCGAUCAGCUUGGCCUACGGGGGAGAGCAUCAUCCCGAGUUGCAGUCUCUGUUUCAGCUAAUGGACUACGCCACCCAACUGGUACAGGAGUUCCGCAACCGGAUGGGUUGGUACGCGCCCGCGCCUCCGUCACCUUUCGGUGUCUUCGAAGACUUCAGCUUGCCCAUGACAACAGCACCAAUGCCGGACGGUCUUCAAUAUGCCGAGAACCCGAUCUUCAGCUACAGCACCGAGAACCUGUCAGUCAAGACGGAAGGCAGCGCUCCAGGUGUCCCUGUGAGCCCCAUGGCCAUGCCCUCCCCGUACAGCAACCAGCAGUACCUGAACAUCCCGGCCCCCAUGAAUGGUUGUUACAGCCCUGUCUCAAGCACCUGCGAGGCCUCCAGCGUCGGGGAUGACUUUUACGAGGCGUCACCGGUCUUCUACAGUGACAACGAGGAUUAUGGCUCCUACGAUAUGGGUUUCGCCGGCACCCACUCCCACCUGGGCGGGCCUUACGGCGUUGGGACUCACUCGCCUUUCUUGAGCACAACACCCACUCAACAAGUACCAGAGAACGCCUUGUUUCCACCGGUUUCAGCAGGCCCUCAUUCUCCUUUCCUGACCCCGGGGGGGUUUUCGAUGCUUCCAGUCCCUGAAUCUCCAGUCGUCUCGUACUCGCACCCGUUCACACACCAUCGGAAUAUCUCCACGGCUUCGGCUCCUCCAAGUUAUCACCAUCAGGUUGGGGAGAGGAGGAGCACGCCAUAAGACUUGACCUAUCACUUGCUUUGGAGGCUCUUGCCACGAGACCUCGAUACUCUCAUAAUCUUUUAAUGAUGUUCGAGCUGUCGCUCGACUUUCGUUUCCAACACAGCCGCAACUGCACGACACACUCCUUCGACCACCACGAUCGAUUAUCUUUCAACAGGACCCCUGUCCUCGGGUGCGCAUCGCCGCCCAGCCGCUCCUUUUGAUUAGCACACGAACCUCGCCAUGUACACAACAUACAUGCCUACGCUCCUUUGUUCCACUUUGUUCGAUUUUACAACGUAUCACCAGAUACGUUUCGACACUCAUUUGUUCGACAGCGAUGAUACCCACUCUAGACGUUCCUUUCUCACAACAUCGGCCUGGAUGAAUGCAUAUUUAGACACUCCUUUAGCUGCUACACAUUUAUGGCGGAACCUUUCGACAUAGACGACACUCCUUACGGAUGAUGAUCAUGAUACCCGACUGCAUAAGCGACUGUUGUUUUUGGAUUUCACACUACGGAGGCAGGCUCGGACUUGGUGGGAUGGGGUCGGCAUACCCACUGGAAACCGGGGCGGUGGCAAUCAGCAUGCAUGGCGCGGCGUUUUGGUUUGCCGUUCGGCUAGUCCUAAUUUUGUUUUGGAUCACGGAGGGAGCGAUAGGGCUGAGAGCAGAUUGUGACCUGCUAAUGGGGGGGUAUAUGGCGUUCUGGGCGUAAAAGCAGCCCUUGAUCAAAAGAAGAUCCCAGACAUCGCAUGAAAUAGUUGUUUGUUUAUAUGCUUGUUUAUGCAAAAAGGAGCUCCCGGUUGAGUGAGUGCGAAACCAGGAGAAGUGUCUAACAGAUCGCGGUUCGACAAAACAGGUGUUGAUGCCGGGCUCAAGGUCGGCUAACGGCCUGAGUGUCUGCAGGGAUCUAAUAAUUAAUGAUAAUCUUUUGUCCAGUGCG